UGGUGCAGAAUGGCGGACCUCAGUCUUGUAGAUGCAUUGACAGAGCCACCUCCAGAGAUUGAGGGAGAGAUAAAGCGAGACUUCAUUGCCACACUGGAGGCGGAGCCCUAUGAUGACACUGUGGGAGAAACUGUGGAGAAGACUGAGUAUAUUCCUCUUAUGGAUGGUGACGAGAAAGCUGGGAACCCAGAGUCCAAAAAGAAACCGUGCUCAGACACUAGCCAGGUUGAAGGUAUUUCAUCUUCUAAACCAACACUUCUAGCCAAUGGUGAUCAUGGGAUGGAAGGGAAUAACACUACAGGGUCUCCUACUGACUUCCUUGAAGAGAAAAUGGCCUACCAGGAAUAUCAGAACAGCCAGAACUGGCCACAAGAUGCAAGCUUUUGUUCCCAGCCUCAGCAAGUGUUAGGCACUAACCAGGCUGAUCCCUUUAAGGUGCACCAUGAUGGUGAUUUGGCAGAUCUGCUCUUUGUCUCCAGUGGGCCCACAAAUGCUUCAGCAUUUAUAGGGCAAAAUGAUCUUCUGGAAGACAGUUAUGGUAUGCUUCCUGGUGACUCAUUUGCUCCCACGGCUGUUGUAUCUCAGGAGUGGUCUGUGGAAGCCUCAGAUUCUCCACACUCAGAGUCCUUCGUUUCUCCAGAAGUUAUAGAAAGCCUUCAGCCCGCAGCAGAGCUAUCCAAGGAAAUAGAAGUGGAAUCAGUAAAAGAGCAGCUGCCAACUGAAGCACUGGAAAUGAUGGCAGAAGAGAAGAUCACUGAUGUGGUGCCAUCUCGAGAAGCAGAGGUAUCUCCAUCCACAGACAUGACACCAGGCACAGAAACAGAAGUGACAUUUUCUAAAGACCCAGAGGAGACCACCAAACCAGAUGUGAUUCUGUCAGAUGUUACACAGCCAUCCAUUGAAUCAGAUAUGUUCCUGGCUGAGGACAUGGAACUGCAUGUAGAAACAGAGUUGGCCCCAGUUAAAGGGCCGACAGAAGCAGAUGUAUCUUUGACCAAGGAUGUGGCACCUCCUACAGAAAUUGAAAUGGUCCCAGGCAAGGAUGUGACACUGCCCAAAGAAACAGAGAUGGCACUUCCAAUGAAAAUGGACUUGGUACCAUCUGAGGAUGUGGUUCUUCCCAAAGAAACAGAGCUAGCACCAGUCAAGGCCAUGGUUCCACCCUCAGAAAUAGAGGUGGCACUGGCAAAGGAUGCUGUGUCCUCUGUGGAAACGCCUUCGGCUGAGGAGAUGGACCUGGCUUCAGAAGUAGAGGUGGGCCUUGCAAAGGACUUGACACUGCCCUCAGACACCAUGAUGAUCUUGACAAAGGAUGUAACUUUGCCCUUAGAAACGGAGGGAUCUCUGGUUAAAGGCAUGACUCCAUCUCUGGAAACUGAAAUAACCAUGAAUAAGGAUAUAGCUCCACCCCCUGAAACAAAAUUGGACAUGGUCAGAGAUAUGGCUCCAUUCCCAGAAUCAGAAGUAUCUCUGGGCAAGGAAGUGGUUAUACUUCCAGAAACAAAGGUGACUGAGUUUAACAAUGUGACCCCACUUUCAGAAAAAGAGGUAGCCUUAGUCAAGGACAUGUCUCUACCUCCUGAAACAGAGGCUCCCCGGGUUGAGGAUGCCAUUUGGCCUUCAGGAACCCAGAUGACCCUGGACAACAGUGUGACUCCAGCCAAGGAUGUUACACUACCCUUGGAAACAGAAGUAGCAACAGUUCAAAUUAAAGACAGGGAAAAUGCACAGACCCAAGAAGAACCAAAUGAAGACUCCCAGUUAGAAUCUGUCCAGCACAAGGGACAGUCAGUAGCACCUCCUUGUAUGAUUCUACCAGAACCAGUCAAAGCUGCAGACCAAAAAUCAAACUUACCAAUAGAUGAAGGUUCUCUGUUAGAGGAUUUAGAGCAAAAGGAAACAUCUGGCAGUCAGCCUUGUGAACUUUCUUCAGGAAUAGCCAGGCAAGAAGAAGAAAAGACUGCUGUGGGUGUGUCAGGAAAUGACAUCUCUACCCCACCAAACAAGGAACUCCCACCAAGCCCAGAAAAGAAAGCAAAGCCUUUGGCCACCACUCAGCCUGCCAAGACUUCAACAUCGAAAGUCAAAACACAGUCCACUUCUCUCCCUAAGCAGCCAGCUCCCACCACUUCUGGUGGGUUGAAUAAAAAACCCAUGAGCCUCGCUUCAGGCUCAGUGCCAGCUGCCCCACCCAAACGCCCUGCUGCUGCCACUGCUGCUGCCAGGCCUUCCACCCUACCUGCAAGAGACGUGAAACCAAAGCCAGUUACAGAGGCUAAGACUCCUGAAAAGCGGACCUCACCCUCCAAACCUGCAUCCACCCCAGCCCUCAGACCUGGACCUAAAACCACCCCAACUGUCCCUAAAACCACAUCUCCCUCAACUGGGCCAAGCAGUAGAAGUCCUGCCACGCCUUUGCCGAAAAGGCCUACCUCCUCUAAGACUGAGGGGAAACCUGCUGAUGUCAAAAGGAUGACUGCUAAGUCUGUACCAGCCGACUUGAGUCGUUCAAAGACCACCUCUACCAAUUCUGUGAAGAGGAACACCACUCCCACUGGGGCAGCACCCGCAGCAGGGAUGACAUCCACUCGAGUCAAGCCCACAUCUGCACCUGCCCGACCUUCUGUGGACAAGAAGCCUACCUUAGCUAAGCCUAGUUCCUCUGCGCCCAGGCUGAGCCGCCUGGCUACCACUGCCUCUGCCCCUGAUCUGAAGAAUGUUCGCUCCAAGAUUGGCUCUACAGAAAAUAUCAAGCAUCAGCCUGGAGGGGGCCGGGUCCAGAUAGUCUCCAAAAAAGUGAGCUACAGCCAUAUUCAAUCCAAGUGUGGUUCCAAGGACAAUAUUAAGCAUGUCCCUGGAGGUGGCAAUGUUCAGAUUCAAAACAAGAAAGUGGACAUCUCCAAGGUCUCCUCCAAGUGUGGGUCCAAAGCAAAUAUCAAGCACAAGCCUGGUGGAGGAGAUGUCAAAAUUGAAAGUCAGAAGCUGAACUUCAAGGAGAAGGCCCAGGCCAAAGUGGGAUCCCUCGAUAACGUGGGCCACCUGCCUGCAGGAGGUGCCGUGAAGAUUGAGACCUACAGGCUGACGUUCCGGGCAAAUGCCAGGGCCCGCACCGACCAUGGGGCUGACAUUGUCUCCCGGCCUCCCCACUUCCCUGGCUGCCCAAGCUUGGGGUCCCGGGCCCUGGGCUCCCUUUCCCGGGCUGUCUACUAGACUUGUAAGCUCUUGCUUGGGUGCUGGGCAGCCCUUUAGGCCUCUUUCCCUCUGCCUAGCUUGCUCAAGGCAGCAGCAGCCACCCCCACCCCUGCCUUCACUGCUUUCGCCGUCUUCUGGGCCCAGCUCCAACUUUACUAUCCCACCACUGCUCCGUGGAGAACAUUGGGAGGGGAUGGGAGUCUAAUGGAAUCUCUGUGGGAUGUAGGAGUGGGGUGCUGGAUUCCCAGAAACUGACAAACCCUCCCUCUCUUCCCUGGCUCAGCCUGGGAGGACUAGUAUAGAUGAACUCCAGGAGGUGACCAGCACUGACCGAAUUCCCUGGAACCUAAACCACUGCCUCUCUUUUACCCCAUGGUGGAAGCCACCCUGUAGGUGGUACCAGGCCCUUGUUUAUUCCCGUCUCAAGUUAGUCAGGGGUCAGUUGCCCCUUGCUCCUACCGCUUAUCAUACCUAAUUAGCUGCUGUCUCACUUUUCUUUCUUGUAUUAGUUUUUCCCUCCCAAUAACCUAUGAGCUGGUGGUGUAGUUUGCAGGUUGAAGCCAUGUCUAAAUGAGAGUUCUCAGUAUGUGGUGAGGGAAGCAGGGGGAGAGGCUCAGAGUCUCCACUAAGGAGGCUGUCGGGCAUUGGGGCUGCCUAUUCUGGGCAGCUUGGGGCCCUGUGGGAAGAAAGUGAGAUGCAGGGCUACUGCCUAGUCAGACAGCUGGGGCGGCCAGUGCGACUGGUUUGCUGGCGUUGUGUGUAUGCUGCUUUUUUUCUUCUAACCAAGAGGCUGGUUUUGGCAUCUGUUGCAUUCCCUGGGAUCCAGUGGUCAACGUGUGAUACAAAACCAGGGCCGGAGAAGGAGAAAAUGAAGGUCAAAAUCCCUGACCUGCAGGCCAGGGCACCCAAACCCUCAUAUCCAGGGGAGCCUGAGAUGUCCAGAAUGCAUGUGAACAGUGGGGAAUCAGGUGUGGAGAUUUUAAAACUUAAAUGCAUGAGACUGAGGCCAUCCCACUUCUCUUGUGGUGUGACUGGAGAGAGGAGCAGGAGAGGCCAGGCCCGUCGUGGUGGUGCAGCUGUCCCCGCGUGGUCUGUCCAUGGGAGAGGUGACUGCAAUGCUGAGAAAAUCCUGGGAAUUUUAUCAACACAAGAUUCUUAUUGCACUUGUAUUUUUUGUAUUAAAGUUUGCAUGGUUUCUAAUAAAGGAUUCAAACCUAAGUUUGUAGUGAAAUGGCCUGGGAGUGUUAAGGAUUCCUCUUGUGGGGCAUUUUCUGCUGCGCAGAUUUGCCUUUCAGGAGGCUGACCCAGAUCUGACCCUCUUGGCCCUCCUCUUGACAUGGCAUCCACCUCUGCUCUGGGUACAGCCUGAACAGGUACAAGUCUGUAUUAUGUCUCUGCCAAGGAAGUCAUCCCUGGGCCUGAAGUUCCUCUCCAUUUUUGAGGCAGCAAUUUCUUUUCAGAAAUCUUGACAUCAAAUCCCUGGCUCUCCAUACUCACACACAAGGAAUUGCAGGGGCCUGUGGCAAAAGGACUGCCUGAGUCAGGGAGAGGCUUUCUGUAGAAGGCUGCAUGGAGCCUUCAGGAUUGGUAUGGUUUUGGUGUUUUGUUUUGUUUUUUUCCUCUUUUCCAGCAAGGGGCAAGAUGGAACUGGGAAGAAGGAAAUAGUGGGGACCAGGGUGCUGAUGGGUGAGGGCAUAAAGGUACUUGCUACCCUUCUUGAUGUUGAUCCUGGGGCUUUGAGGAUGCUGAAAUUAGAGAAAGGAAGGGUGGCCCAAGCUCUCUAGGUAGACUAUUAGGAGGUCUAGCUACCUGGACUGGUCCCACAAGUCAGAGAGAACCUCAGAAGGCUGAUCUGGCACAGUGGGACUGUGGAUGUGACCUGUAUACUUUACAACGACUGGGGAUGAGAUCUUUCUGUAUUUUUAGUUUGCUCAUGGCUUAGCCAUUACAUGUCUGUAACUGUUGUACUGAUUUAAAUAAUAAAGCUGCCUGACAUCCUA